CCAUUCAGAAAAGACGAAAAAAAGUUACGCAGCGUCUGCCACUGGAUUUUGAUAUUCGACGGGCCAAGGAAAUAUCUGAGCGGGGGCUCGUGUCCCCGGAUACCUUGUGCGCGUGUUUGGCGGCGUGUGUGUGCGGCUCUCGUAUGUUUCCUCCCGCCCACGCAGCAAUGUCCAGUUCUGGUGAUUUCGGCAACCCUCUGCGAAAGUUCAAGCUUGUGUUCCUGGGAGAACAGAGCGUUGGGAAAACUUCCCUCAUCACACGUUUCAUGUAUGACAGCUUUGAUAACACAUACCAGGCCACAAUAGGCAUAGACUUUUUGUCGAAGACCAUGUACCUCGAAGACCGCACAGUCCGUCUACAGCUGUGGGACACAGCAGGUCAGGAGCGGUUUAGGAGCCUCAUUCCAAGUUACAUAAGGGAUUCUACAGUUGCUGUAGUUGUUUAUGACAUAACCAAUGCCAACUCAUUCCAUCAAACAUCCAAGUGGAUAGAUGAUGUGAGGACGGAAAGGGGGAAUGAUGUCAUAAUCAUGCUUGUUGGCAACAAGACUGACCUCUCUGACAAGAGGCAAGUGACGACAGAGGAUGGCGAGAGGAAGGCAAAAGAGCUCAAUGUUAUGUUCAUAGAAACCAGUGCAAAGUCUGGCUACAAUGUCAAGCAGCUCUUCAGACGUGUAGCAGCUGCCCUGCCAGGAAUGGAGAACACGGAACGAACGAAAGAAGACACUGUUCCGCUGAAGCCCCAAGAACCACCAAAAGUGAUGAAGGACGAAGAAGGCAGCUGCAUCUGCUAGAAAAUGAGACAUAGGCGCUGUCCAAGAUUCUGCAGCCGUUGCUUUAUUUCCACACCCCAUUGCUCCCCACUGCUGCCACAGCUGCUGCUACUGCUGGCACACAAGCAGACAAAGCGUUUACGUUCCUCGAGAUGUUGAGCUUUCGGCAGAGUUGUACAUUGCGGGCGAGGAGAGUUAUUUACUAUGAGACGAGCGAGACCUGCUAGGUAUCCUGUGGCUUCUGAAGUUUGCAGACCAAGUGAGAUGGCAUGCACUGCAAGCUGCAAAUUAUAAAGAAGUUCCAACAUUAACGGUCAUUUUCUUUUUUGUUUAUUGAAAUGUGAAUUGCUAUAAAAACGAGAAUUGAGACCAUUACUCACAGUGCAAGCAAGACAGUAAAACGCUAGAGUUAUGAAAUGCUCUAUAUUCGCAGCACAGCCCUUCUUGAACUUUUUCACUUGACUUGUCAGACUUGUAGUGCUACGUAUUUCAAGCCACUGAGCCAGUUUUGCAUGCAAGAAUGGUGGAAAUGAUGGUCUAGAGGCCACAGACGAAAGGAAAAUGAUCAGGGUGGUAGAAGCGGCUACAUGGUCUGGUCGCUAGUGACAAGGCAUUCUACUAGAGGGACAGGUUGGGACUGCAUGGCAGAAAGAAUGAGGUGUUUCUCUAUGGCUGCGUCGUCCGGCACGAUAAGUGCACACAAACGCUCUCUACAAGUUAUCUAAUACUCCCUAGUGAGCCCUACAGGGUGUGAAAGUGAGCGGACAUGAAUUUCACAUGGCGGUGUGAUCUUAUAAGUUCCAUACGGAACAAGAUGCAAGCGUAUAUAUGUGUAUAUUGCAGCAAAAAAGUGUGCCUACAAAUUGAAAAAUGCUAGUACUUCUAUUUGGUGUUUGAUGAGUGUCGUACCUUAGCACAAGUUGAAUGCAUUUGCAGUGGUUUGUGGCGAAACACUUUUUUUUUUUUUUACAGUGUGCAUUCAACACCUCUUUUUGCUGCCACCGAACACAUUGCGCAGCCAAGAGUUCAAGGGGGGGUCACAGUUUGGAUACACUACUUUGCAUUGCUUGUGCAUUGAACCGUGGUGAGAGAACUGUUACGUGGGCAUCGCUGUUGAGUAGCAGACCCCGAAAGCUGUAUCGCAGACAUCCAUUAAUGAAGCGAAUGGAGCCUUAUAUGUUGCAUACUGCGGUAAAUGAAGGUGGUAAAACAAUGAUUCAUGAAAAUUGUAUUUUUUUUUUUUUGCACUUCUUGCACUAAUGUAUUCAACCACUGGGCAGAUUCUUCCUGUCGCAUCAUCAAACCAUACAUGCACAGCAAGUGUUGAUGAUGGGGCAUGUGUGCUUUAAGGUAUUUUACGCAUUUAACAGUUCAGGCAACUACAUAGAAAUAGUUCCUUCCAACUACACAGAUUUUGUUUGCAUUUAAUGCUCAGAUAAGCAUGUUGUUGGCCCAGUCUGUCCUCAUCGAGACCAACAAUGAUUGGAAAAUUAGUGUUCUUAUGUAUCAAGCAUUACUUUGCCAUAAUGUGAUGAGGCGAAGGCAUGCAUUCAAGUGCAUUUAACUUUUGAAGGGGCCCCGCGACACCUUUUCAUUAAAACUUCAAAUACUGUAUUGAUUGCAAUGCCUUUUAAAGAAUGAAUUUACACAGACACAUUUGACAAAGAGCUCAUCACAAUGAAGGUAGAGUGCAAUGCUCGCUUUCCCUCCUCCUAAACGCAAUUCCUAUCAGCCGGUGUAAUGCCAAUAGCAGUGCCCUGCCUGUAUUGCUCCAUGCUAUUUCAUUGCUUUUGGGUGGUUACCCUUGAACACUGGCAUCUAACAAAUGAGUGGCAACAGGGCAAGCAGGACCCAUUAGCAAGCAUGCACAGGUGUUGCAUGCUUGUGCUAGCUUUUGCUUGGGUUUAGUUCAUGAUAAUAAUCCAACAGCAGGAAUCCAUUAGCUGUUGUGCUUUGACAUCAUAAAUGGCUUAAAGUAGAGGGCACUUCGAACACUAACAUGAGACUGAGACAUCUUUUAUAGGAGAUUGUGGGCUCCAUACUGUGUGCAGGCGGAAUAAAAAUAUUUGGCUGACACGUUCUUGUCAGCGUUGGCUGCAGAGUGCAGAUGUACCCUUUUUGUGUUCAGAAAGUCUUGCAGUGCACCUUUAACCACUGGUACAUUCUAUACUCACUUUAACUGCAUGCAGCAAAUGCAAAGGAUUCUUCUGCAAGAAGUCUGGCAUACUUUGCAACCAGUGACUGGUCACUUGCAUGGUCUGUGAACUUCCGCCACUCAGCGUACAUUCCUCGCAAUAAGUUCUAUCCCUUUCCUGUUUGAGGUCGUACAGUGCUGUUUCUACUUUGAAUUGCUGCAGCAUGUUCAUGUCCAGCAUCUCUUCAGCGUGAUGCAAGAGGGGGCUCUGCCUAGGAAUGGGAAUCCUUUCUAGUCUGAGAUUUUUAUCAAAGUUUGAAAGAUUUUGCAUGUUUAUAAACGCAGUAUGGAAGGGUAGGAAGGUGGCCAACAAUCAACGUGUGAUGAAGUUCUUGCUGCUAUGGGCAGUUGUCUUUCUUAUGAGAAUUUUUUUCUCUUCUGUACUGCUACUUACCUGCUGUACUUGUUAAAAAAAAAUCAGACGAAGCUUGUACUGUUCAUGGCACUUGUGAUUUCUAUGUAGGUAAGAAAUUCUAGAAUGGGGCACCAUGGGACUGCUCUUUGCAGGUUAGCAGAAUGCUUGCAUUAAAGGACAGUACUUGUUGAAGCAGUUUCAACUUGCACAAGAUUUCCAAGCUGAUUUAUCCUGGGUGGCAAGGACUCGAAAGACCAGUGCUUGAAAGUUCUUGUAGACAGUUGACUGUUUGCUUUUAUUCAUUGGGUGCUGUUGUCAGCUAGUAAUGCAAAUAUUUAGUACUGUCUGUACAGUACAACCACGAUGGCUUAAUUACACAAAGCUAGAAAUAUCUGUAUGACUUUCUUGCUUUAACCAGGGCAGUAUUCUUGGGUGAUAACUUUUAUUUGAGAGAACAUCACUUUCGCGAGAUUGCCCACAGUUCAGCACCAGAUGUAUCCAUUUACAUAGCUGACUGUGCUGCUGCAUAAUUUAACUUAGCCUCUUCAAUUCGCAUGUGAAAACGAAGCUAGUCUCUAAAAGUAUUCGCCGAAAAAUACCGCUCGAGUCUGGCAAUAACACUGCAUGGGGCAGCUCUUGGAAAGCCCCUGCAGUAACACGGUAAAACAAACGCUGCAACUGUUAAGUUAUCUAUUGAAGCAGCAGCUGUUUGAUAAAACAACCUUCAUCAAGCGGAACACGCACAAACGAAUUUUACUCUUUAAAUGUAAAAGCACGCCAAGGGGUUAUUUACACCUUAGGAGAAAGCAACUGUAUGGAAUGGGCGACUUGUACCAUUCCUGUACAUUGGUAGACUACCAGGUGCACACAUUUACGAAAGAAAAAAAGCGCACUUGGGAAUGAAGAGUUAUGUGCAGUAAAGUUGUACCAUAGCAGAUGACUGUUUCGGUCGAUUUAGCGUCAAUUCUUCAAUGGUGCUGUUUGCAACGUGGGUUAAUUGUUUCUUUGCAGCACAUUAUUAGCGGAGAGUGCUGAAGUCUGCUUUUGUCCCUUACAGAAGCUCUUGUUUGUACUUUGUUGGUCAAGCAUAAUAUUUAUUUGAAAGUUAUCUAUUUAACUUCUAUGCUUGCUGCUCGUGUGAUAAGUAUGUCCGAGAAGCAGGCAUUCGUUUUAGCAUGAGGAGAUGCAGCUUUGCACAUGGACAAGAAUGACAGCAGAUGGUGCAAAGCUACUUAUUAUGGUUUGGAGGGAUUCUGUGUGACAAGACUUUUUUUUUUUUCGAAUAAAUGUGGCCACGAAGGCUUUGCAGAGCAAUUGGCUCCCAUUGCA